GGGCUAUAAGACUCGCAUCGGUGAGGGUGGCGUACAGCUUUCCGGUGGUCAAAAACAGCGCAUUGCAAUAGCUCGAGCUCUUGCACGGGAUCCGAAGAUUUUGCUGCUGGAUGAAGCUACUAGUGCACUGGACACUGAAAGCGAAAAGAUCGUGCAACAUGCUCUGGAUAAGGUAGGUGCUGUACCCUCUGGACUGGGGCAAUUAUGA